CAGCCGGGCGGCCGCCUGCGCCCCGGGCUUCGGCCAGCGCUGGACCUCGCUGCUCGCGAUGGCUGGCUACCUGCGGGCCGCGCGCUCGCUCUGCAGGGCCUCGGGCUCCGGGCCGGCCUGGGCGCCGGCGGCCCUCACGGGCCCCAGCUUUCCAGCGCCGCAGCGGCGCCACUAUGCCAGCAAGAGGAUCAAGGUGGCAAAGCCCAUUGUGGAGAUGGAUGGGGACGAGAUGACCCGAAUCAUCUGGCAGUUCAUCAAGGAGAAGCUUAUCCUGCCUCAUGUGGACGUGGAGCUCAAGUACUUUGACCUAGGGCUACCCAAUCGCGACCUCACCAAUGACCAGGUCACCAUUGACUCGGCCCUGGCCACCCAGAAGUACAGCGUGGCUGUCAAGUGUGCUACAAUCACGCCUGACGAGGCCCGUGUGGAAGAGUUCAAGCUGAAGAAGAUGUGGAAGAGCCCCAACGGCACCAUCCGCAACAUCCUGGGCGGCACCGUCUUCCGAGAGCCCAUCAUCUGCAAGAACAUCCCGCGCCUGGUGCCCGGCUGGACACAGCCCAUCACCAUCGGCAGGCACGCGCACGGUGACCAGUACAAGUCCACAGACUUCGUGGUAGACCGGGCCGGCACCUUCAAGAUGGUCUUCACCCCCACAGACGGCAGUGCCCCCACCGAGUGGGCGGUGUACGACUUCAAGGCCGGCGGCGUGGGCAUGGGCAUGUACAACACAGAUGAGUCCAUCUCGGGUUUUGCUCACAGCUGCUUCCAGUACGCCCUGGGGAAGCGGUGGCCACUCUACCUGAGCACCAAGAACACCAUCCUAAAGGCCUACGAUGGGCGCUUCAAGGACAUCUUCCAGGAGAUCUUCGAGAAGCAUUAUAAGCCGGACUUUGAGAAGAACAAGAUCUGGUAUGAGCACCGGCUCAUCGACGACAUGGUGGCCCAGGUGCUCAAGUCCACAGGGGGCUUCGUGUGGGCCUGCAAGAACUAUGACGGUGAUGUGCAGUCAGACAUUCUGGCCCAGGGCUUUGGCUCUCUUGGCCUGAUGACAUCCGUGCUGGUGUGCCCGGAUGGAAAGACCAUCGAGGCCGAGGCUGCCCAUGGUACGGUGACCCGUCACUACCGUGAGCACCAGAAGGGCCGGCCCACCAGCACCAACCCCAUUGCCAGCAUCUUUGCGUGGACGCGUGGCCUAGAGCACCGGGGAAAGCUGGAUGGGAACCAGGAGCUGGUGAGGUUUGCCCAGACCCUGGAGAAGGUAUGUGUGGACACCGUGGAGAGCGGAGCGAUGACCAAGGACCUGGCGGGCUGCAUCCAUGGCCUCAGCAAUGUGAAGCUCAACGAGCACUUCCUCAACACCUCUGACUUCCUGGACACCAUCCAGCGCAACCUGAACACAGCCCUGGGACAUCAGUAGCGGGGGCAGCACAGGGAAGUGCCACCAGCCUUUCCAGGGCAUGGAGUGCCUGGUGGCCGGAGGCCUAUUGCAGUGUGCCCUGACUUCCGGUCACCCCGGGAGACCAUGAAGUGCCUAUUUGUCUACUAAACCUUGUGCCGCAUCUGUCACAUCUGUCCCCAUGGGACGUGGCAGCCUUGGCCAGGUCAGGUGGGACUCACGGGAGGGGCUGCCCCCUUGGGGGUAUUUUUCUCUGUAGGUAGGGGUGGGUUUCUACUGACACAUCCCAUCCUCCCCUCUUACCGUUAACCUUGUAAACAUACUUUUCUUAAAAAAAUAAAUAAAUCACGUCCCUUUGCUGGUACUGA